GCAACCACUUGCUUUGUUCAUACCAGUUUCCUCUCCUUAAAUACAGCUCUCAGCAUCUCACCCCCCGAUCUUCAGAGCCUUCCUUAUUUACCUUACUACAUCUCUCUCUCGUUCAUUCUCUCAGUUUUUAACUCCGUUUAAAUUUGCCGUCUGUAAAAUUUCUUUUUUCAUAAAGGGAAGAAUAAUGCCAGGUUUUGACGGCGUUGAAAAUCAAAUGAACGGUCCAGAUUUAGCAGCUCGUCUACCUCAAGAUCCUCGUGAGCCUCGCUCAUUAUUAUCAUCGUCUCCUUGUUUCCCAAUCACCCUCAAGUUCGUCGAUGUCUGUUACCGAGUGAAAAUCCAUGGAAAAUCCAGCGAUUCCGGGAAAAUCAAGAGACUGUUGGGACUCGAACACCAAACGUCCGAUGAGAUCCGAUCAACGGAGGAGAGGACGAUACUCAGCGGAGUCACCGGAAUGGUAUCACCCGGCGAGUUUAUGGCCGUUCUCGGACCAUCGGGAAGCGGAAAAUCGACGCUGUUAAACGCGGUCGCAGGGAGACUCCAUGGAUCAGGCCUCACAGGAAAAAUACUCGCGAACGACUCGAAACCAACGAAACAGACACUAAAACGCACCGGAUUUGUGGCGCAGGACGAUCUCCUCUACCCACACUUAACCGUCCGCGAAACCCUAGUUUUCGUCGCCUUGCUCCGUCUCCCUCGGAAUCUAACCAGAGACGACAAAAUCAAAGCCGCCGAAUCGGUGAUUUCGGAGCUUGGGCUCGCGAAAUGCGAGAACACGGUCGUCGGAAACACUUUUAUCAGAGGGAUCUCAGGCGGAGAGAGGAAACGAGUGAGCAUCGCUCACGAAUUGCUCAUCAAUCCGAGCCUUCUCGUCCUCGACGAGCCUACCUCGGGACUAGACGCUACGGCGGCUCUCCGGCUUGUUCAGACUCUCGCCGGGAUGGCUCAUGUGAAAGGGAAGACGGUGGUGACGUCGAUUCACCAGCCGUCGAGCCGUGUGUUCCAGAUGUUCGAUACCGUGCUUCUUCUUAGCGAAGGAAGGUGUUUGUUCUUCGGAAAAGGAAGAGACGCCAUGGCUUACUUCGAUUCCGUCGGAUUCUCGCCGGCGUUUCCGAUGAAUCCGGCCGAUUUCCUUCUCGAUCUUGCUAACGGAGUUUGUCAGAUUGACGGCGUAACGGAACGGGAAAAGCCAAACGUGAGACAAACGCUGGGCGUUGCUUACGAUACAUUGCUAGCACCAAACGUCAAAAACUGCAUCGACGCGUCAACUUCUCCUCCAGAGAACGCGCGUUUUGUGAAAACGCGAGAAAACCCCCGUGGAAUAACGUCCGGUCUCAAAACAUGGUUCAGCCAACUCUGUAUUCUCCUCCACAGACUUAUAAAAGAACGCCGCCACGAAUCCUUCGACGCACUUCGCGUUUUCCAAGUCGUCGCGGCUUCAGUACUCUGCGGUCUCAUGUGGUGGCACUCUGAUUAUCGAGACGUACACGACCGACUAGGACUACUCUUCUUCAUAUCGAUAUUCUGGGGGGUACUUCCGUCUUUUAAUGCAGUUUUCACAUUCCCGCAAGAACGCGCGAUUUUCUCUCGAGAACGUGCGUCCGGAAUGUACACACUCUCAUCUUACUUCAUGGCCCAUGUCCUCGGAUCACUCUCCAUGGAACUCGUUCUCCCGGCUGCGUUCUUGACGCUAACUUACUGGAUGGUCGGUCUACGUCCAGGGCUAGUCCCGUUUCUCCUAACACUCUCCGUGCUCUUGCUAUACGUUUUAGCCUCUCAGGGACUCGGACUUGCCCUAGGCGCAGCCAUCAUGGACGCUAAAAAAGCGUCCACCAUCGUGACCGUGACAAUGCUAGCGUUCGUCUUAACCGGCGGUUACUACGUCAACAAAGUGCCGUCCGGAAUGGUUUGGAUGAAAUACGUUUCCACGACGUUUUAUUGUUAUCGCCUUUUAAUCGCGAUCCAAUACGGGAACGGAGAGGCGAUAUUGGGAAUGUUUGGAUGCGAGCCAAAGAGAAUGCAAGGAGCGGCUGCGACGGAUGUGUGCCGGUUUAUGGAGGAGGAAGUGAUCGGAGACGUUGGGCUAUGGACGUGCGUUAGCGUUUUGUUUUUCAUGUUUGUUGGUUAUAGAGUAUUGGCGUAUUUGGCUUUGAGGCGUAUUAAACUUUAAAAUGAGGGGGAGAUGGAUUAAAAAAAAAAUUAAAUAAAUAAUGAGUGGGUAAAAAAUUAAUUUCUAGGUUUUAAUUCGGAAUAUUUAAGCGGUCGCUAGUUGUAAUUUUGCGAUUUGGCGACGGUAGGUGGAUUUAGCAGCUUGUUCGAUUGUUCAGUUUUUUUAACAUGUGAAACGAAAAUGACAAGUAUUUUUA